CAUGCAGAGCAGCAACAUGGCGGCUCACAGCAGCAGGGGUGCAAGCCUCCUCCGGACCCUGCUGAUCCGCUGCAGGACCUCUGGACCGGGUCAGACCCAACUCCGUUGUGCAUCCUACGUGUCUGCACCGCUGCCACCGGGGACGUGGAGCUCUCAGCUCUCCCGGAUGUCGCAUCGGGAUCUGUACCGGCUCUCGAUCACGGAUCCGGAUCGGUUCUGGGGAUCCGCGGCGACGGACAGACUCCGCUGGGUGGAACCGUUCCACCGCGUCCGGGACUGCGAUCUCCGCACCGGGAAGAUCGGCUGGUUCCUGGGAGGGAAACUUAACGUGUCCGUGAACUGUCUGGACAUCCAUGUUGAGAAACAUCCGGAGCGAGUGGCUCUGAUUUGGGAACGAGAUGAACCGGGCACCGAGGUCAACGUCACCUACAGAGAGCUGCUGGAGACGACGUGCCGCCUCGCCAACACGCUGAAGAGCCGUGGCGUGCAGAAGGGCGACCGGGUCGCCAUUUACAUGCCCGUGUCGCCGCUGGCGGUGGCGGCCAUGUUGGCGUGCGCCCGUAUCGGAGCGGUGCACACCGUGGUGUUCGCUGGCUUCAGCUCGGAGGCUCUGGCCGGGAGAAUCCAGGACGCCCAGUGUAAAGCCGUGGUCACCUGUAACCAAGGCGUGCGCGGAGGCCGACUCACCGAGCUGAAAGCGACGGUGGACGCAGCGGUGAAAGUUUGUCCGACGGUCCAACACGUGUUCGUGUCCCAGAGGACGGAAACACCGGCUGUGAUGGGACGGCUGGACGUCCCGCUGGAGCAGGUGAUGUCCCAGCAGAGUCCCAUUUGUCCCGCGGAGCCCCUGGACAGUGAAGACCUCCUGUUUCUUCUCUACACAUCAGGAAGUACGGGGAAACCUAAAGGCAUCGUCCACACACAGGCUGGAUACCUGCUGUACUGCUCGCUCACACACCAGUACGUGUUUGACCACCGAGACGGCGAUGUGUUUGGCUGCGUGGCGGACGUGGGCUGGAUAACGGGUCACAGCUACGUGGUGUACGGCCCGCUGUGUAACGGCGCCACCACCGUCCUGUUUGAGAGCACGCCUGUUUACCCCGACCCAGGCAGGUACUGGGAGACUGUGCAGCGUCUGAGGAUCACCCAGUUCUACGGCGCUCCGACGGCUCUCCGUCUGCUGCUGAAGUACGACGACAGCUGGGUCAAGAAGUACGAUCGCUCUUCUCUCAGGACACUGGGCUCAGUGGGAGAGCCCAUUAACCACGAGGCGUGGCACUGGUUCCACAGCGUGGUGGGAGACGGACGCUGUCCUCUAGUGGACACCUGGUGGCAGACAGAGACGGGUGGAGUCUGCAUCGCCCCCCGUCCUGCAGAGGAAGGAGCCGCCAUUGUCCCGGCGAUGGCCAUGAGGCCGUUCUUCGGCAUCCAGCCCCAACUCCUGGGAGACCAGGGGGAGCCUCUCUCCGGUAACGGUGUGAGUGGCGCUCUGUGUCUCAGCGGCCCGUGGCCUGGGAUGGCUCGCAGCAUCUAUGGAGACCACCAGAGGUUCAUUGAUGCCUACUUCAAACCCUUCCCAGGUUAUUACUUCACCGGGGACGGAGCUUUCCGGUCCGACGACGGUUUCUACCAGAUCACCGGCCGGAUGGAUGAUGUCAUCAACGUGAGUGGCCACCGGCUCGGCACCGCCGAGAUAGAAGACACUCUGGAUGAACAUCCAGCUGUUCCAGAAUCAGCUGUGAUCGGAAUCCCACAUGACAUCAAAGGAGAAGUACCGUUUGCCUUCGUGGUUCUGAAGGAGGAGUUCUCUGAUGACCCCCCCGUCGUCCUCCAGCAGCUCAGAGAACUCAUCGCCACCAAAAUCGCCAAAUAUGCCGUCCCUGAGCACUUCCUGGUGGUGAAGCGUCUGCCGAAGACUCGCUCCGGGAAGAUCAUGAGGCGCAUCCUCAGGAAGGUUGCCACGGAGACCGCCGGCGACCUCGGCGACGUGUCGACUCUGGACGACCCGUCCGUCGUCACGGAGAUCAUCGACGCCCACGAGCUGUACAGGAAGCAGCGAGGAGCAGAGGAGGAGAAGAAGAAGAAGUAGGAGGGACUUCCGCCCAAUAUGCUCCGUUGUGAAAUCCGAUGAGAAGCCAGACCCACGUGACGCGUUCGUCCAAUCAGCUGCCGCUCGACAUCCCUGGUCCCUCCCCUCUCCACUUUGUAGUCCAGAUGGCGCCCGUUUAGUGCGAGUAGAGUCCAUCGUUCCAUGCUGAACUUUUAGAGCGUUUUUUGGGGGACAUCCUGGUACUUUCAGUGCUCUGACUUUUUGCGUUAUCUCCACGAUAUACUUAAAACUGAGUGUUUGAAGUGGGACAGUAGGCGCUUUGAGACACAGCCACAGAGUUUAGAGAGCUCGAUGGUGUGUUAAGCCCCCACUGUCGCCUUCCAGGCAGCUAACCCUGAGUAUAACCCUAAAUAUAACCCUAGAUAUAACCC